AUGGCGCCGCACCUCACCCGCUCUCUUCUACUUGCCCUUCUCUUCAGCUCGGUAGCCAGCGCAGGCAGACGAAAAUGCGUCCGUUCAUCCACUCUUUCCACCAUCUCCACACCGUUGGACUCGGCCAUCAGCGCCACUCCGACCACUAGCCAUAUCAGCGUCACUCUUUCGACUCCAACGACUCUCUCUACUGUCAUCUCGUCUUCGACUCCCAGCACGUCCGAUUCUGUUUCGCCAUCCACACCGGCAACUCCUUCUGCUACUGAAUCGACCACGCCAAGCAGCAGUCAAGAAAGCCUGUCAACGCCUUCAACGCCCAGCUCUGAUACCGCGACCCCAUCGGGCACAUCAACACCUGAGGCCGGCAUCUCAACUCCAGCAACAAGCGAGGCCACUACGCCGACAUCUCAGACUACAACGCCUAGUACACCGAUUGUAUCAACGACUCCAGGGACAGAGAUUUCAAUCCCAUCUGCAAGUGAGAGUCCAGUUUCAUCAACGACUCCAACGACUGAUAUUUCAACCCCAUCUACAUCUGAGACUCCAGCCUCAACCAUAGAGACACCAUCUGCAUCGGAAAUCAGCACUCCUUCAACCCCUACUUCAACCCCUCCGACUGAAUCAUCGACUCCCGUUUCAAGCACGGAGACCCCAUCUGCCUCAGAUGCUAGCUCUGUCGCUUCUACGCCCGGAACCCCAACCCCGAUUUCAAGCACUGAAACGCCAUCUGCACCAGACUCCAGUGCCAUAGCCAGCAGCACCUCAACCACACCAUCCGUGACUCCCAUCUCUAGCACCGAGGUCUCAUCUACACCAGUUGCUAGUUCUUCCACAAGCGAGCUCUCACCCACGUCAACACCAGAGGCUACAUCCACAACACCUGAAUCUUCCACCCCUUCAUCGACUGUGCCGUCAACAACCACAUCCAGCCAACCCCAACCCACAUGUGAUAGUGUAACGCCCAUCAAGAACGGAGACUUCGAAACAGGCUCCUUUCGCCCAUGGAGGCUUAGCGGUAGCAACAACGUCCUGACUACGGUUAGCCCCGGUGGUUACGCCGGGACCAACUUCAAAUUCAACACCCGCAACUUUGACUACCCCCAGUAUCUGGAGAUGUACCAAGACAUCCAGACCUGCGGGAACACCCGCUUCUUCUGCACGUACUGGUGGAAGUGGGACAAGUACUACUCCGUAAGAAGGGGGGACACGAAUUACGUUCCCUACGUGCGCAUCUGGCAGGGCAAUACCGUUAUUGGAAACCGGUAUCCGGAGAGUGACGCGGAUACCGGGGUGUGGCUCAGAGGUAGCUUCGAUUUCACCACGCCUGCGGAUGGGACGUCGAGGAUCUGGAUUACUGCCGAGAGUCCUCAGAAUCCCGGCGUGAAUAGAAAGAAUUCGCUCGCGUUGGAUGAGAUUCAGUGUACUGCUUAUAAUUAG